AGCCGCGCGGGACGGAAGAAGGCAGAGCGCGCGUGCUGCUUCUUGCUGCUCAGAUUAAAGGUUUUUUGUCCGUGUCCUGCACCAUGGCUCGAGAUUAUAAAGCCGGAGAUCUGAUCUUUGCGAAGAUGAAGGGUUAUCCUCACUGGCCUGCACGGAUUGAUGAAGUGCCGGAUGGAGCGGUGAAGCCUCCCAACGCUAAGUUUCCCAUCUUCUUCUUCGGAACUCAUGAAACUGCGUUCCUCGGUCCAAAAGAUAUUUUCCCGUAUUUACCCAACAAAGAAAAAUACGGAAAACCAAACAAGAGGAAGGGCUUCAAUGAGGGUUUAUGGGAAAUUGAGAACAACCCCACGGUGGAGCUGAACGGACAGAAGGUGAUGGCGAUGGAAGCGGUUUCGGAUAAAGAUUCGGACGGCAGCCGCGAGGAGGACGGCGAGAGAAAUGAGAAAAGUCAGGAGAAGAAGAAGAAGUCCAGUAAAGUGGCUGGAGAUGAGGAGGAGGAAGUGGAGGAGGAAGGUGAUGGCAUGGAGGUGUCUCUAGUGGAGGAAGACUCGCCACCGAAAGACUCCUCAGAUGCUGUGAAAGUUAAAGGAGUCUGGAAGAAGAAGGCUGAAGCUGAACACGACUCGGAGGAUGGAGCUGCGAGCCACACGUCGAGCCCUAUGGCCACUGAGACACCAGCUCCAAAACGGAGAGGCAGGAAACCCAACGCGGAAAAACUGCUUCUGCUGCAGCAACAAGCCUCACAUGGAGACGUGGGUGGAGAUGGAGAGAAAAAGCGUAAAAGAGCAGCGGAGGAUAAGAGCAGGACCUCAGACGGAGAGGAGGAGCGAAGGGCAGAAGGGAAGAAGAAAAAAGAAAAGGAUGAGAGCAGUAAAGGAGGGAAGAAAGAGCCAGAGGCCAAGAAGAAGCGCAAUACCAAAGAGGAGAGCUCCUCGGAGUCUGACGAGGACGGGAAACGAAACCGUAAACGUGCGAAGCAAACGGCCGACGCAGAAAAAGACGGACGACGCAAACCGGAGGAAAUAAACGAGUUGGGUAAAGAGGAGGGGAAGAAAGAUGAAAGGAAAGGAGAGAAAAAGAAGGACGUGUCGACGGAGUCGCGGCUACAGAGGUUACACGGCGAAAUUAAAAUCUCACUGAAGAUCAACAACCCGGAUGUGAAGAAGUGUCUGGUGGCUCUGGAUGAACUGGGCUCACUACAGCUCACCACUCAGCACCUGCAGAAACACUGUGAGCUCAUCGCCACGCUCAAGAAGAUCCGCAGGUUCAAGGCGAGUCAGGACGUGAUGGACAAGGCCACCAUGCUGUAUAAUAAAUACAAGACCAUGUUCCUGGUGGGUGAAGGAGAGACGCUGAUCAGUCAGGUGAUCAAUAAAUCUCUGGCCGAGCAGCGGCAGUUCGAGGACGCUAAGAAGGGGGCGCUAAAGAGAGCCGAGCAGAGCAAAGAACCCGGCGCAGAUAACAGAGCUGUGAACGGAGACUCGAGCCCUGAAGAUAAAACCACUGAGACUGAGAGAGAAAGGACCGAGGAAACUGCAGCAGCAGAGCAGAACAGUGUAAAGAAUCCAGCAGAAGAGUCACCCUGAUGAUGAUGAUGAUGAUGGUGGUGCAUCGUGUGUGUGUGGUCAGCACUAAAGGAAAGGAGUAGCGUUUACACUUUAGUUUCCUCCUCAUCAGGACUCGAGACUCUUCCUGCGUUUUAGUGAUUUUUAUCAUUAGAAUUGAUUUUUUUUUCCUCAUCUUUUAGACUCGGAUGUUUUUAGGCCUAGUUUUAGCUCCGCCUCCUGAUCCAAAGCAUUUCAACAUUUUUUUUUUUUUUUUAACUUGAGUGAAUUUACAAUAAUUUCCACUCUCAUUUGACUUUUUUUAAGAACAACUUUAUUCAUCACACACUUCUGAAAUUCCUCUCUGCAUUUAACCCACUGCAUUUAAGCAGUGAACACACACACACACACACACACACCCAGAGCAGUGGGCAGCCAUGCGACAGCACCCGGGGAGCAGUUGGGAGUUCAGUGCCUCGUUCAAGGGCACCUCAGCCCAAGGCCGUCCCAUAUUAACCUAAAUGAGCAUUUCCAAACCUUCCCUUAGCUGCUAUAGGAAUGCUAAAUAUACACACACACACACACACACUGAAGUGGAGAGUCGUGGGGUUCACAGCGUUCCUCCUCCUCUAUCUGAUUUUUGGCGUGUUAGUGAGCAGGAGCUUAGCAGUUAUUAGUCGUCAGUAGUGUUUUUUGUGUGUGCGUUCUUUCUGUAUGAAUAUAGAGGUUUAUUUUUUAUACAGAGUGUCUGUUCUUUUUCUCUCUGUUGUCCAUCUGUGUGUUUUAAAGCCUCUCGUGAUGUUCGUGUAAAUAAGAGGACUGUAUUUUUGUGUCUGUUCUAAAAAACUACAACUUGAAUAAAGUAGUGCUCACGUCAAA